AUGCAGCCCCUUGGUGCUUCUCGACGCCACUCGCGGCGUCGCCUUCCGCAUGAGCCUCGCGACAGCGAGCUCGACCAGCGCGGCCUGCUCGGGCUGCCCAUAGACCUCCCCAUUGUCACCGAUAUUGUUACCCUACUACAGGGAGGCCAACCGAAGACUGUAACCACGACCCAUCCGGCCACAACCACCACCACUCCAAAGAACGACCCGCCACCGCCGCAGACAACGCCCAAGGCCCCUGACAACCCGUCUGUGCCAGCGAAUCCACCUGCUGGUCCCACUGGCGGGAGUGGGAGUGGGAGCGGGAGUGGAAGUGGAAAUGGAAAUGGCGGGAGUGGCAAUAAUAAUGGGGGCGGUGGUAGCGACCCGAGCAACCCCUCUUCCCCCUCAUCUCCCAAUGCUCCCCCGUCAUCUAACCCAAAUUCCCCCGACGACCCCUCGAAACCCGCUAAUCCCGACUCAUCCAACGACAAUGACCCCACACACAAUACCAAGACUAAUACAGGCGGGGUUCUUGCCGCGGGCACCAACCCCAACCCGACUUCGCACAUCCCCAAGCCCAGUGGCCCGACCUCGUUCGUGGUCCUGGGCAGCAAGACCGUCCCCGUUAUCGGGUCGAUUACUUUCAGUGAAGGCCUGCCGCUCUUUACCGACCCUGCCGCCAACGGGAGCACGGGCACCAACGACAACGACAAUUCUGCGAACAAGAAGGGCGGUAUUUCUACUGGCGCUGUCGCUGGUAUCGGUGUCCUUGCCGCGCUCGUAGUGGUGGCUAUUAUUGUUGUUUUAAUGCGCCGCCGCGCAAAGAAGAAGAAAGCUGCAAGACGUACUUGGUGGACUGGUGGAAUGGGAGACAGUCCAUCAGAGAAGUGGGGCGGCGGAAGCGAUAAUGCCACUGUUGGCGAAAGCGCUGCGACGAGGAGCAUAAGAUCAUCGUUUGGCACCACCUUUGACCACAGCGAAUUUUCCAUUACCUUUGACGACAACGAUGUCCCGCAAGUACCCGCCAUGGUCGAAAUCCGUGGUGGACCCGCUACUGUGCCCAAAGGCGACCCCAGCAGCGCCGGCAACACCCAGCUGAUCUCGCCCAUCUCCCCCGUUUCACCAUUCGCACCGCCCGCGCCAGUCGACCUUCUCGUCUCGAUUGAGAACUCGAAUGUCUUUUCCGACGCCAAUCGGAGGACUUCCGCGGGGAGCAACUUCAGCAAUUCCAGCGCUGAGGCGCAAUAUCUGCUCUACGACCGCACAGAGGGGAUAACGAAUCCCACUGCGGACGCCCACACGCCCAUGUCGGUCCGGCCCUUCUCGCCCUCGGAGUCGUUUGCCUUCCCCCAGCCACCGGCGCGUGACAGCCGGACACCCUCGCCAACCGCGCCCACGAUGCGCGUGACCUCCCUGCCCACCCUUGACGAAAACCCAUUCGCUGACGCCUUCGCCGCGGCCCCGCCCGCUGAAUUCUCUGCGGUGGAAACUGUGUUCCGGCCGUUUGAGCAGACACUGCAGGACGAGCUGACUGUGAUGGCGGGCGACCAGGUGAAAGUGCUUGCGGUGUACGACGACGGGUGGGCGAUGGUCGAGCGUGUGGACCCAGUUGCGGACCCGAGCGGGAAGGGAAAGGGGAAAGGCAAGCCGCUGGUUGGCUUGAUUCCGAUUGACUGCAUGCGCCGCGCGGACGAGACGGUGGAGGCGUUUUUGAAGACGAAGCGGGUGAGCUCGCGCGCGGUGGACGCGACGGGCUACACCGCGAUGGCGAUUUGA